AUGAGGAAAGAGGAUUUCCUGUCAGCAAAGCAGGUACAUACAAGACCCUUGUCAAAGUACUGUGACUACGAUAUCGAAAAUUGUACCACGAAAUCCUUCGCUCCAAAUCAUUCCAAAUAUCAUCGGGAAAUGGCUUCCUCUCCUGUCCCGGCUACCUGCAAGGUUAUCUUGGCUCAAGGAAUUGCUAAAAAGUUACUUGGAGAAGUUUCAACAGAUCUGAAGAAGCUAUCUUUCAAGCCUAAGCUUGUUGGAUUGUUGGCAAAUGAUGAUCCUGCAGCUCAACAGUAUGCAGACUGGUCAAUGGCAACAUGCAUCGAGAAUGGUUUCGACUUUGAGCUCCGAAAGUUCACCAAAGAAGAGAUCGAAGACGAAAUCCUAAAAGCAAACAACGACGAUUCCAUUCAUGGUAUCAUUGUAUACUACCCCAUUUUCCCCGCACCUUCUCUCCAAGAUGGAUAUAUUCAACAAAUUGUUGCCUUGAACAAAGAUGUAGAAGGAUUGGCACAUACCUACCGUUUCAAUAUGUACCAAAACAUUCGAUUUCUCGACGCUCCUCACAAUACUCAAAAGUCAAUUUUACCUUGCACACCUUUAGCCGUUGUCAAAGUUCUCGAACAUCUACAGAUUUAUAACUCAGUUUUACCCUAUGGGAAUCGAUUAUAUGGAAAGACAAUCACUGUAUUCAAUCGCUCCGAGGUUGUUGGACGUCCAUUGGCUGCUUUACUUGCGAAUGAUGGUGCUACCGUGUAUUCUUGCGAUCUUGACGGAGUUAAGCUGUUUACUCGUGGCAAAGGGAUUAAGAAAGUCCAUCAUGAGGUUCACGAUAUGGAAGGGAUGAAGAAUGAUGAUUGUUUGCCAAAGAGUGAUGUUGUUAUCUCGGGUGUUCCAGGAGAGAGAUUCAAGGUCAAUACCGAGUUGAUCAGAGAUGGAGCUGUCUGUAUCAAUUUUUCCUCUCAAAAGAAUUUUGAUGGUCCAGCUGUUAAGGAGAAAGCUUCAAUCUAUGUACCAUCAAUUGGAAAAGUUACCAUUGCGGUUCUUUUGAGAAAUCUUUUGAGAUUGGUAGAAAAUCAGGGAAAGGGGGCAGCGAAGCCAACGGAGAUCUCAAACUGA